UCUCUAUUAUCAAAAAGCCGAAAAGAAAAAAUGUAAUUAUGUAUGCUGAAGUUGCGCACAAGCCGUCUUUGCAGAAGAAUAGCAGGGGAAGAGUCAGUGUCUAGGAAAUUCAAGAGAUGGCAAGUGAAGCUGGAGAAGAAGAAUCGAUUAGUAGGAAAAUGGAGGAUGUGAAGGAAGGAAUAGCGUCAAUAGCUCUGUUACCAGAUGGGUCUAUAUCUGGCCACUUCAUACAACUCCCAAAUUCCACAUGCUAUGGCCUUCACGGAACUGAGAUAGCUUGUGAAAGGGAGUGCAGCAGGGGUGAGGAUUAUCGACUAAUCAAGCUCUCAAUCAUAGAUUACAAUAGUAAGAAAGAACACAAUGUAGUAGUUGAGUGCAGAGGCCAUGACGCUGCUCGGUUGAACUGCAUUGAAUGUGCUCAUGGUUGGGAGAAGGAUGUUGUAGGUAUAGUUGAACAAAAGCAUGGAAAGAAAAAAAUUGUAGUUUCGUUCAUGUGUGAGACGUUGAAAGCUGAGAAAGCCGCAGAAGAUCAUAUCACACAGUUCAUGCCUAAAUUAGCUGGGUUAGAUGCUGUUGUUAACAUUGGCCAGAUGCGCAUCACAGGACUGGACUCUGAAGCAGAUGAAGAGGACUUAUAAGCUCAAUCCAAGACCUGGUCGCGCUACAUUGGACUUGUACAAGUUAAUAUGCAUAUCUGAUUUAGAAUCUCUUGAAUAAUAUGUAACCCCAGUUUAGUUGUUUAUUGUCUGUUGGAAAAUAUGUGGUAAUUCACAUUUGCAAGCAGCUUAUGCCACUAUGAAUCCUUGCUUUCUGAGUUUCUAUGUGAUUAUAUAUAAGGUUUCCCUUUUGCAUCGAAACAUACGUGUAUCUUCGGGAUGGUUCAUGUAGAUUUGGCAAAAACAACGUCAAAAGUUCUUGCUUCUUCACGUACAAUACAUGAAUAAACAAGCUUCUGAUUACUAUGCUACA